CAAUAUUCGAAGUGCACCGGGCGGAAAAAAGCACUCUGCAUCGGAAUCAACUAUCAAGGUCAGCUUCGGGGCUGUAUCAAUGAUGCGCACAAUGUGAAGCGGUUCUUAAUAUCCAAAUGGGGUUACAAAAACGGCGAUAUUGUAAUGUUGGUCGAUGACACCGAUCUUUCGAGGCAAAUGCCAACAAGGCGAAACAUUCUGGAUGCGAUGCGUUGGCUUGUGAAGGGCGCCCAUCCUCAUGAUGCACUGUUUUUCCACUACUCGGGCCACGGGGGACAAGUUCCAGACAAGGAUGGGGAUAAAGUUGAUGGACUUGAUGAAGUUAUAUACCCUGUCGACUACAAGAAGGCGGGAUUAAUUGUUGAUGACGAAAUGCACCACAUUAUGGUCAAAUCAUUGCCAGCAGGCUGUCGUUUGACUGCUAUCUUUGACUCUUGUCACUCAGGGACGGCACUAGAUUUGCCCUACAUUUAUCAUUCGAAUGGACGCCUCAAGGGAAGCCAUAUAACUCAACGGGCUCAAGCAGAGAAAGCCACAAAUGCUGACGUGAUAUCAUUCUCUGGCUGUCGCGAAGAUCAAACUAGAACACAGGGUGAUAUGGCUGUUGGGGCUAUGAGCUACGCCUUGGUUACGUCUUUAACAAGGAAUCCGGUACAAAGUUACCAAGAACUGCUCAAGUCUGUUAGAGACAUUUUGAAGCAGAAUUAUCAACAGAAACCGCAACUGUCGAGCUCCCACCCCAUUGAUACUAGUCUACGCUUCAUCCUCUAG